AUGGGUUCAAUGCAAAAUGAUGAUGAUGAUACAGGUUCCGGCAGUUAUCGAUUGCCUGCCGUAUCUGAGCCGCUCUCAUACGAUUUGUAUCUUGAUCUGACGGAUAACAGUUUCUCUAGUUAUACUGGCAUGGUUGACAUUACGAUUAAGUACACUGGCAACGAGUCAAGUUUUUCGUUAAAUAGUUUGGAUUUAACGAUAAAUGAAACGAGUGUUCGUGUUUUGCGCACCGAUGGAACAGUAGUGCCAUUGAAAUCGUUUGUCAUUUCACACCAAUUCGAGCAACUGCAUUUUACCUUUGAUGACCUGUUGGAAACAGGUUCAUCCUAUAAGAUUCACUUAGACUUUCAAGGUCUGAUAAAGACAGAUUUUUUCAAAGGUAUUUACCGUAGCAGUUAUGGAGUAGGAAAUGAUAUCAAAUACCUAGCAACGACUUUUUUGGCCGCAACUUACGCCCGAACCGUGUUUCCCUGUUACGACGAACCAUCCUAUAAGGCAAGAUUCAACAUCAAAAUUCGACAUCUGUCUCAUCAUACGGCUUUGUCAAAUAUGCCUGUAACGGUCAGCACGCACUUUGAUGGGUACAGUGAAACCACUUUUGAUACCACUCCUCUCAUGUCUACCUACUUGGUGGCAUUAGUCGUGUCGGAGAUGACAACACUUUCUUCGGACAAGGAGCUUUUCCGAGUUUUUGCCCCGGAAAACAAGGUAAAUUAUACCAUUUAUGCGCAUGACUUUGCCGUCCGAGCAGUACGUGCACUGGAAACACAUUUUGGUCGACAGAACCAAAUACCAAAAAUAGAUCUCGUAGGCAUUCCUGACUUUGCGAUGGGUGCCAUGGAGAACUGGGGUCUGAUAACGUUCCGAGAGGAUUAUUUGAUCUACGAAGAUGAGGAAGAAACAACGGCCCAAUCUAAACAAAGGAUAGCCUCUGUGGUGACGCAUGAGUUGGCGCACAUGUGGUUCGGCAACGAAAUUACUCCUGAAUGGUGGACCUACGUUUGGUUGAAUGAGGGUUUUGCCACCUAUUUCGAGUAUUACAUUACGUCACAGGUAGAACCCAGUCAAUCGUGUUCAGCCCGACCAAUGAAUUACUAUGCAACAGAUCCGGCAAUUCUGAAUGAGCUGUACGACUAUGUAGUGUAUGCAAAGAGUGCUUCGGUUAUACGGAUGAUGCAGAAUGUUAUUGGGCUUGAAACCUUCAAGCAGGCUAUCAACGACUAUUUACGAUCACGGAGUUAUCUCACGACCAAACCGGAGUAUCUUUACGCAAGCAUCGAAAAGUUCCGUACAGUCGAUCUUCCGGCUAGUGUAGAAUCCAUCUUCGAGAGCUGGGCUAAUGCACCGGGCUAUCCUGUCGUAACGGUUACGGUCGAUCGUACCCAGCGUACGUUAACGGCUUCCCAGAAGCGCUUUUGGAUGCCAAACGAAGUAGAUUCACCACCGGAAAAUAAGCUGUUCUAUAUUCCGCUGAAUUAUGCUUCAAAUGUACCGUCGUCAAACGAUUUCCAAGAUACAGCUCCUACAUUCUGGUUGACUCCAGAAAACCCUUCCACGACCAUUGCACUAGAGACGGGUGUCGAGUGGCUUGUAGUGAACAAGCAGCAGACAGGAUACUAUCGCGUGAACUACGAUGUCGAGAGCUGGCGCAAACUGAUCGAGGUACUGAAUAGCGAUCGUUUUGAGGAACUUCUUCCCGUCAUAAAUCGAGCACAACUUGUAGACGAUGUAGCAAAUCUAGCCCGCGCGGGUCAAGUCGGGUACGAUGUGGCAUUGUCCCUGAUACAAUAUCUGGAGCGGGAAACGGAGUACAUACCCUGGAGUACAGCUUACGAUGCAUUGUUGCACCUUGAUCGAAUGUUUUCAGGUAACAAGGAAUAUGUGCGAUUCGAAAGCUAUGGGCGAACUAUAACCUCGCACGUUUUCAAUCGAUAG